GAUCCCACCCCCUUCAGGGUUCCUCCCCCUGCUCUGCAAGUUCUGGGAGAGGGGCCAUUCCCCGAGAGGCCAAGGGUCACCACAACACCAUGACCGAGUCUAACAAGCCCAUCCUCUACUCCUAUUUCCGGAGCUCCUGCUCAUGGAGAGUUCGAAUCGCUCUGGCCUUGAAAAGCAUCGACUAUGAGACCAUACCUAUCAACCUCAUAAAGGAUCAGGGACAGCAGUUCUCUCAAGAAUUCCAGGCACUGAAUCCCAUGAAGCAGGUGCCAACCCUGAAGAUCGAUGGCAUCACCAUAAGCCAGUCUCUGGCCAUCAUCGAGUUCCUGGAGGAAACUCGGCCAACUCCACGCCUCCUGCCACAAGACCCGAAAAAGAGGGCCCAGGUUCGCAUGAUUUCGGACACCAUCGCCAGUGGCAUCCAGCCCCUGCAGAACCUGUCUGUCCUAAAGCAAGUGGGACAGGAGAACCAGCUGACCUGGGCCCAGAAGGUCAUCCACACUGGCUUUAACGCUCUGGAGCAGAUCCUGCGGAGCACAGCAGGGAAGUACUGUGUGGGAGACGAGGUGUCCAUGGCUGAUCUCUGCUUAGUGCCUCAGGUGGCAAACGCUGAAAGGUUCAAGGUGGAUCUCACUCCCUAUCCGACUAUCAGCCGCAUCAACAAGACACUGCUGGCUUUGGAGGCUUUCCAGGUGUCUCACCCCUGCCGGCAGCCAGACACACCCCCUGAGCUGAGGGCCUAGCUCUCCCAACUGUGCCCCAUGGGUGAGGGGGCAGGAGAGGUGCAGGAGCAGAAGCCGGGGUUGCUGAACAGACCUGGAAACAAGCAAGCCCUAAAUGGAGAAGCAGGAGACCUGAACUUGAACUUGGACUCUAGCCCUGGAUCCGCCUUCCCACUGUACCUCUUUGCACCUCAGUCCCCUCUUCUGUCCAGUGCAGGUAGCGCAGGGGAGAGGAUGCUGGGAGGGAGGGAGGUAGGAAUAUCACCAGUCAUCUGCGUCAUGAGCAAUCGUGAAGGUGAGGGGAGAAAGUAGCCUAAGAUGCUUGGCGGGUGCGUCAGAGAGACGUAAGGGAGCCUGUGUGCUUCUUCCCAUCCCCACAGCUGUACCUGACUCCAGAGAAUGCCCACUCUGAAAUUUGAUGAUUAAACGGAAGCCCAGGCCUCCAGAUUAUUCAGUUAA